UGGCCGUCCUCGUUGCCGGCGAAAGCGGCACCAGACCGAACACGCAGCUGCCAAAGGCAGACUCCGCCGCUCGGUCCAGUUUGCCUUCCGCUCUCGUUUGGCAUAGUACCGUCAGCGAGGUCGUCGCGUUUCAUGCUGUCCGUCAGCAACUAGAUAUCGUAACCUCGUAUCGUAUCGUGUCGUGUCGUGUCGUAUCGUUCUCGUUUCCGUUUUCUAUUCCACCUAAUCGGAGCCGAUCAAAUGGAUAGCUUGCGUAGAACUAAUACGAUCCGGAAACAAUCUCGCGCUGGUGGAUAAUCGUGUGAAAGAAAGUUGUCGUUUUCUCGACAAGGGUGAUUUUGUUCGAACUUAUUCCUUCUCUCAUACCUAAUUGUUCGACGAAAGAAUCACCGUGGUCCGCGUGAGUUGCGGAAUCUUUGAGGUUCAUACACGUCAGUGGUUCCUGGUCAACGUGAUUCAUAAAGGAUUUCCGAUCGACGGGGAUAGUCGCAGAACCGGUUACGGAUUGAAAAUCAUUUUUUGGAAAAGGGAGAUCCACCUGGAAAAGUGUAGACUGUGCAAAUAGAAAAAAAUCACCGCGAGGAUCUGCGGUGUGAGUCUCUCCGCCAGAAGGGAGGCGCAGGCUCCCGUGGGGGGCACAGGGGGAGGCGGUGGCGUCGGAGGCGAAGGGGGGAGAGGCGGUGGGGCGGACCGGAACCGGAAAUGGCUGCGAGGUGGCUCCUGCUGGCGCUCCUCGCCGCCCACGCCGCGGCUCUUCCUGAUAUCAUUAGGAUAGGUGGGCUGUUUCAUCCGUCGGACGACAAGCAAGAAGUGGCCUUUCGUUAUGCCGUGGAAAAGAUCAACGCCAACCGAGAUAUCCUGCCCAAGUCCCGUCUCAGUGCCCAGAUUGAGCAGAUAAAACCGCAGGACAGUUUUCACGCUUCGAAGCGAGUGUGCCACUUGCUGCGAAGCGGUGUAGCGGCGAUUUUUGGGCCGCAGAGCGCGCACACCGCCUCCCACGUACAAAGCAUUUGCGACACCAUGGAGAUUCCACAUCUGGAGACACGCUGGGACUACCGGCUCAGACGGCAGAGCUGCCUUGUCAACCUUUAUCCGCACCCCACCACACUCUCCAAGGCAUACGUUGAUUUGGUGAAAGCCUGGGGCUGGAAGAGCUUUACCAUCAUCUACGAGAAUAACGAAGGGUUGGUGCGGUUGCAGGAGCUCCUGAAGGCACACGGACCCAAUGAAUUCCCUAUUACGGUCAGACAGCUGAGCGAGGGUUCCGAAUACCGGCCGUUGCUAAAACAGAUAAAAAACUCGGCCGAGUCGCACAUUGUACUGGAUUGCUCUACCGAGAGGAUUUACGACGUGUUGAAGCAGGCUCAGCAAAUAGGAAUGAUGAGCGACUAUCACAGUUACCUCAUCACCUCUCUGGACCUACACAGCGUCGAUCUGGAGGAAUUCAAGCACGGCGGGACCAAUAUCACUGCCUUCCGAUUAGUGGAUCCGGAGAAGCAAGACAUACAGAAAGUCGUGCAAGAUUGGAUCUACGGCGAGAAGCGUUAUAAUCGAGAACUCGAUAUGGGACAGAGUUCCAACAAGAACAACCUCACUUGCAUAAAGACUGAAACGUCAUUGAUGUACGACGCCGUGCACUUAUUUGCGAAAGCACUGCACGAUUUGGAUACAUCCCAACAGAUCGACAUCAAACCGCUUUCCUGUGAAUCCACCGACACUUGGCCCCACGGAUACUCACUCAUAAACUACAUGAAAAUCGUCGAAAUGACGGGGUUGACAGGAAUUAUCAAGUUCGAUCACCAAGGAUUUCGCUCAGACUUCAUUUUAGAUAUCAUCGAACUGAACAACAAGGAGGGGCUGAAGAAGAUAGGGACCUGGAACAGCACCAAGGGUAUAAAUUUUACGAGGAGUUACAAGGAAGAGUACACUCAAAUCGUGGAGAAUCUUCAGAAUAAGACUUUCAUUGUAACAACUAUACUGAGCGCGCCAUACUGCAUGAGGAAGGACUCGAGCGAAAAGCUGACCGGGAACGCACAGUUCGAGGGCUACAGCGUCGACUUGAUUUACGAGAUAUCGAGGAUUCUCGGUUUCAAUUAUACGUUCCGCCUGGUACCGGAUGGACGGUAUGGCUCCUACAACAAGAAGACGAAAGAGUGGGACGGUAUGAUGAAAGAACUGUUGGAUCAGAAGGCGGAUCUAGCGAUCGCGGAUCUAACCAUCACGUACGACCGGGAACAGGCGGUCGACUUCACCAUGCCGUUCAUGAAUCUAGGGAUCAGCAUACUGUACCGUAAGCCUAUAAAGCAGCCACCGAAUCUGUUCUCAUUCCUCAGCCCGCUUAGCCUCGACGUUUGGAUUUAUAUGGCGACAGCUUAUCUAGGCGUCUCUGUGCUGCUCUUCAUACUAGCCAGGUUCAGCCCUUACGAGUGGGAGAAUCCCCAUCCGUGCAACGGACAGUCCGAGGUCCUCGAGAACGAGUUCACCCUGAUGAACUCGCUCUGGUUCACCAUAGGCUCGCUCAUGCAGCAAGGCUCUGAUAUAGCGCCGAAAGCCGUGUCAACGCGCAUAGUGGCGGGUAUGUGGUGGUUCUUCACUUUGAUCAUGAUUUCUUCGUAUACUGCCAACUUGGCCGCGUUCCUCACCGUCGAGAGGAUGGAUUCGCCGAUCGAGAGCGCCGAGGAUCUUGCAAAGCAGACGAAAAUCAAAUACGGGGCUCUCAAAGGAGGCAGCACUGCGGCCUUUUUCAGGGAUUCCAAUUUCUCGACGUACCAGCGUAUGUGGUCCUUUAUGGAUUCGGCAAAGCCGACGGUAUUUACAACUAGCAACGUCGAGGGUGUAGAACGGGUGGUGAAGGGGAAAGGCAGCUACGCGUUUCUAAUGGAAUCCACCUCCAUCGAAUAUGUAAUCGAAAGAAACUGUGAUCUUACCCAAGUCGGCGGCCUCUUGGAUUCAAAAGGAUACGGCAUCGCCAUGCCGCCAAAUUCACCAUACAGAACGGCCAUCAGCGGAGCCAUUUUAAAGCUGCAAGAAGAGGGGAAACUGCACUUGCUGAAGACGCGCUGGUGGAAAGAGAAACGCGGCGGAGGAUCUUGCAGGGACGACAUGUCGAAGAGCAGUUCAACAGCGAACGAACUAGGACUGGCAAACGUAGGCGGGGUGUUCGUAGUUCUGAUGGGCGGUAUGGGCAUCGCUUGCGUGAUCGCGGUAUGCGAGUUCGUCUGGAAAAGCCGGAAGGUCGCCAUUGAGGAACGGGAGAAGUCCAUGUGCUCGGAGAUGGCGAGCGAGUUGCGUUAUGCGCUGGAUUGCGGGAACGGAACAAAAAAGUCCGCGAAGAAGACACUGUGUAGUCGCGAGAGGCAGCAAUCGAACCUAUCGAUCGUGUCCGAGGAGGGCAGGUAUCCGAUAUGCAACAAGUACAGACACUUCGUGGGGAAAGCGCCUUUGACCUGAAGCUACGAAGCUGAAUCAUCGUCGAAGGGAGAAGGGCAACGUGCACGGGACUAAUCGAACUCGCGACUCGAUGAACUAUGAAGGCAAUCGACAAACGAGAGAUACGACGAGAGAAGCAACGAGGCGCGAACUAAAAGUUUAGCGCGAGGUGGAAACCAUCCACCUCCUCCAGUUGCUUUAUUCCUCUCACUCUCUCCCCCCCUCUCUCUCUCUCUUUCUCUCUUUCUAUGUGUGUAUGUGUAUAAGUCUGGUUCUUUCUUUCUUUUUUUCUUCCAUUUUUUCGUUCUUUGUCUUUACAAGUGACGCGAACGAACGAACAUGGCAGUACUUCGACCAGCACUUUAUACAGUGUACAGUGUACAGUCAUUCAGUCGUUAAUUGGAGCUCACUGGAAUUUAUCGUGCCGUGCGGAAGACAACGACGCACGCUGUUUGAGUGGAAAGAUUAACGAGCAGUCUCGAGAUCCUUUGUCUUUCGUUGCGCCACUCGUGGCAAAAGAGGGUGGCCGUCGUGAAACGAAACGCAGCCUGAGCGGCCACGGCGUGAGCUGUCGCCGCGAAAGUCUAAUCUUUAAUUGUUGCUGUCUCUGCGAUUUUAUAUGUGUAUGAAGACCACAUGAAAAAUAUAUGAUAAGUCCAUUUUCGUUGAUUUUUCGACUUUUAUGAAACUUGGUGGCUAAAAAGAUGUAUUUUAAUAUGAAAUAUUACUUGCAGAACCCGCGAUACUCUUUACGUGACGAAAUAUAUUAGCUUUGUUGUUAUGUAACUUUAACUUAAUCGAUACUAUUCUACACAAGUAAUAUUUUUAAGUUUUUAUUAACGUUGUAGAGCGCGAUGGAAACACAUAUGUAAUUUUAAAAUCAAAUACAAACACAGUUUUAAUCCGGGAUUACUUGAUAACUGACUGAUUUUUAAAAUUGUUCUUUUCUACACAACGGAAAAUGUAUCACAUCAUAUUUUUCAUAUCUGUAAGCUUCACGCACACAUGGCGCAGUAAGGAAUUUUUAAACAAAAUUGGUCGUUAGAAUUGGUUAUUUAUAACUUUUUAUUCGAGUCUGAAUUUAUAAUAGAGUGAAAUAAUGUAAUCAUGUAAUGGUAUUUCCAUAUUUUAUCAGUUUUGUUAAAAUGCUUCGAAACUUCGAAUGUAUUUAAUUUCAACAGACUAAUAUCAGAAACGAGUAGCGGAUACAGGAAACGGCAAUAAUUAUUGUCCACGCCCGUAUAUUUCUUGAAUAUAUUAGAAAGCAAUUUAUGAACUCACUCCCACAUAACUUAAUUAAACAUUAAAAUUAAAUAAUCAAAUAUGCGAUGUCUUCCGCACGAUAUGUUACAAUACAAAUGACAAACUUUUUGAAGAACGUAUGCAUGUCAAGAGCGAUCGAAAAAAGAGAGAAAGAACAAAAACUGUGGAUUUUGUAAUUGAUGCAUAUGAAACGUUACUUGAACAGCGAAGGAAAACGUCAUUGAAUCCAAUUCACUCCAUUAUUAUGGACUAUGUCGCUCAUUUUUAAAGAAAGUAUCUACAUUCGUGAUCACUUGAGAAAAAUAUCACAAGAUAAUUAACACUGUACAAAUUCUGUCUCUAUCUGUUCGGUGACGUUUGGAUACAUUCGUUUAGUGUACAUAAUCAUAAUCAUCGUUAAGAUUACGAACUAAAGUAAACGUAUCUAUUCUAUGGCAUUGUAUCAUAGAACGUUCAUGGGGAAAAAUCUGUUCAUACGACUUCUAAAAGUAUGUCUUCGUUUAAGUAUCAUUUCGAUGCUGUAAGAUAACGUGUCCAUUGGUGCAAACGUUGUAUGUAGAUGUUUCAUCGAAUGUAGAUAGAAUAAGCGAUUUUACAGUUUUAUGUUAUAUUCUAGAUAUGCUAGGAAAGUGACACGAUUAAGGAACGCAAAUUUUUAUCAAGUUUUAUUUGAAAUAGAAAACUAUUAAUUAUUUAACAACGAAAAGGCUUUUUUUAGUGCAGCUUAUACCCUGGAUUUUGAAAAAGCGUAAAUUUUUCAAAUGCGUCACUCCUCUAGCAAAUCGACGAUAUAUUCCGGCUCGUUGUUUCGCUAACGAAUUUCUCGACCUCGUUAUCAUGUAUCGCAGGAUUUCAUUGAUCUAUCUGUAUCUGACUUCGGAUAUUCAUUGAUUCAAUCGUAUACGGCAUUAGUCCUUUGAAAUCUAGGGCAGAUUCAUGUGUAUUAAUUGAAAGUUAUUACACAUAUUGCGAAUAGAAUAGGUCAGAGUUGCUGAUAAAAUAAUAAAAUCAGAAUACAAUAGUUACUGUUUAAAUAUUCUCAACAUGCUUUGUACAUUUUAUAGCAAUCUGAUUUAGCAAUUUGAAUAGCUUUAGAUUUCUAAUUAUUCUUCAAAAAACUAUCUCAACUAAGUAUUCAAUUAUUAAUUGAAUUACUAAACGCAGUACGAAGUAUUACAUAUAUCUAAAUAAUUCUUAAAUCCUCUUUAAAUCUCACAAUACUUUCUAAACGUUUCAUACCUUCUGAAUUCGUUAUAAUAUUAAAUAUUAAAUUUCCUUUAGAGCGUGUCGCAUUUAUUUGAUUUUAGACCUGGUAAAUUCGAAUAAUCUUUCAAAAAACUAACUCGACUGAAAAUUCAAUUAAAUCUCCUUCAGACCGAGACAGAUUUCAGUAGCCGGUCGCGGCAUUGCAAUGUUCCUUUCUUAAGCGUCCAACGAUUCCACGGAUUAAACUGGUUAACAGAGUUAAUGGAAAGCCUGUUUGCAGCUGGUACAUCGCCGUUCAUGAACGCCCUGGACUGAGCAGUAUUAAUUUCCGUCUUCCGUCUCUCCUAAGGCGUAAACACGCGCGAAUAUCGUACAUGCACGGAUGCUGGCUUAGCCUCUCUGGAAUGAUCAAUUUCCGGAUACAGAUAGAUCAGUGGAAUGAGAUUAGCGGCGAAAUUUGGGCGUUGAUAAUAUUUCUGCCUCACCGCCAUGCACCAUUUUUUAGAACGUCGUAUAUAUGUGACAAUUGCGACUUUUUAUUUCUAUUUCUUUCUUGUUCUUUGUAUAUUUUUUGUUCCUUUCCUUUAUCGUCGACUCGUUCAUACAUCGAUGUGUGUACACCAAAUCGAAUCGUUUUUAAAAUACGUACAAAAUAUGCGAUACAAACCCGCAUGGAUGACAUAUUCUCACACGAGCCAUAUAUGCGAAUAAAUCGUGAAUUAUACACGUACUUGUAAAUAUUAUCUGUAUCGCGUACAUUGCGUUCGCAUCGUACCGAAUUUAAGAGCCAAUUGAUUAUACUUCUUACAUAAAGUGUACUACGAGCAUCAUAUUAAACGUGAAUAAAACUCAUCGUCUGUAAAUUCUCA